AUGAUGAUUAAAGUAUCAUUAGUAUUACUGUUAUCAUUAUUUGGAAUUGUAUAUUCUCAAAAACCAAAUUAUUGCCAAGCAAAUUUACCAAAACCAUCAUUAAAUACAAAUGGAUUAUCAUUAGAAAUGGUUCAGGUCUUACUUAGACAUGGUGAUAGAACUCCACUUUAUAGCAACCUUAGUCCAGAUAUGUCAAUAUGGGAUUGUGAUUUAGGUUGGUUUAUGUCCCCAAGUUUUGAAAAUAUACCAGGACCAAUUACAGAUAUUAAUAGAUUAUAUAGAAAAGUAUAUAUGCCAAAUAGAGAGUUUUUACCAGGUAAUUGCUCAAAGGGUCAAUUAACUUCAUUGGGUUUUGCACAACAUAUUCAAUUAGGCCAAACUUUGCGUGAACUCUAUGUAGAUAAAUAUCAAUUAUUACCAAAUCAAUAUACACAAGAUCAAACUAAAAUUUGGGUACGUUCAACUGAUGUCCCAAGAACUUUACAAUCAGCACAAGCCCAUUUAACUGGUCUUUUCCCACCACAACCAACUAAUGGUGAACCAAUCCCAGUCAUUAAUAUUAACACUAUGGACCCAGAUUUCGAAAAUAUGCAACCAAAUAAUAGACUUUGUCCAGUAAUUUCAAUGAUGGAGUAUAACGCCACCAAAACUCCAGAGUACCAAGAAUUUAUUAAAAACACAACCCAAUUAAAGACUCAAAUUAUGAAUGCUCUUGGUGUAAAAAGUUUCCCAGCCUAUGGUUGGUAUUCAUUUAUGGAUUUAUUCUAUUCUCUUCAAUGCCACGAUUUACCACUUCCACCAGGUAUUACUCAAGAAAUGGUUGAUGGUGCUUAUGAAGCUGCCCUUUGGGAUUACACCUAUAAAUUCUCUUUUCCAAUGUAUUCACGUCUAGGUAUGUCAACUUUCUUAGAGGAGUUACUCGAAAACAUUGGAAACUAUAUCCAAAAUACAGAUGAUACAAAAUAUUAUCUUUUCUCUGGUCAUGAUACUACCAUUGGAGCAAUAGCUAAUCUUUUCGGUUUAUUGGGUGAAUGGCCAUCAUAUGCAUCACAUAUCGAAAUGGAGUUGUGGUCAAAUUCAAAUAAAAACUAUUUCCUUCAAUUUAAAUAUAAUGGUGAAUCAUUCCAAUUAAACGGUUGUGGUGAUAUCAUGUGUCCAAUAGAAACAUUCUUUAACAUUGCAAACUCUCUUAUUGUCCCAAAUUAUUCAGAUAUUUGUUCCAAUUAA